UUGAACUUAGCCAUUUCUCAAGACAUGCUGUGUUCUGUUUGGGAUAUUGAUAAGAGCAAUGGACAACCAAAAACUCACAGGAAACUUGCUUUUGCUGUUGUUAUUUCAACAUUUCAUUUUUAAUUAUGGAACAGAGGUCUGCUCAAACACUAUAUUACCUGGAAUGAAAGGUGAACAAGGGGGCAAAGGGGAUGAAGGGGUGGAAGGAAAGAUGGGAAAGAUGGGCCCCCCAGGACUGAAAGGAUUGCCUGGGGAGCCAGGGAGCCGAGGAGAUUUUGGAAUGAUGGGAAAGAUUGGACCAGUUGGAGCAAAAGGUGACAAAGGCGUUAAGGGAAUUGAAGGGCCCCCUGGAUUCAAAGGAAAACCUGGCAUUACCUGUGACUGUGGAAGAUACAGGAAAGUGGUAGGACAAAUGGAUAUCAACAUCAGCAAGCUGAAGAAUUCAGUGAAGUUUGUAAAAAAUGUCAUUUUAGGUGUCAAGGAGACGGAUGAGAAGGUCUAUCUGAUUGUAAAAGAAGCCAAAAAGUAUAAGGAAGCUCUGAUAAACUGCAGGCUAAGAGGAGGGACUCUGGCCAUGCCCAAAGAUGAGGACACCAACUCCCUGAUUGCCAGUUACGUUAGUCAGGCUGGUCUGACCCGUGUCUUCAUUGGCCUACAUGAUUCAGACAAGGAGGGUCAGUUUGUGUAUGUAGACGGCACUCCUCUGCAGAAUUACACUGGCUGGAGUCCAGGGGAGCCCAACAAUGCCUUCGUUAAUGAGAACUGUGUGGAAAUGGAGAACACUGGCUUCUGGAAUGACGUAGAAUGUGACCUCACCAUUUAUUUCGUGUGUGAAUUUUGGAAAAAGAGAAGGGCUGCAGCCACUGUCACUUGAGGUCACCAUCACUUCAUCUGUGACUCACACAGAUAUGAAUUCUCUACUGACAGCAAUAAUGUGGGCAUUUCUGUUUAAAAAUAAAAAAAAACAAUGUGUCACUGGCUGUCUGAUUAAUGUUGAUUUGGGUUUGCUUUAAAUCUUUCUGCUUUUUGAUUCACAGAACAAAACAAUGAAAGCCAAAUAAACAGCUGCAGUACAA